AUGGCCCAUCAAGCUCAUGCAUACCAUAUAGUAGACCCUAGCCCUUGACCUCUAACAGGCGCAGUAGCCGCCCUACUCUUAACAUCCGGAACAGCCAUUUGAAUACAUUUUAACUCAAUGUCUUUAAUGUCUUUAGGAAUAAUUCUUCUCCUUCUUACAAUCUAUCAGUGAUGACGAGAUAUUAUUCGAGAAGGGACAUUUCAAGGUCACCAUACUCCCCCCGUCCAAAAAGGACUUCGUUACGGGAUAAUCUUAUUUAUUACCUCAGAGGUAUUCUUCUUUUUGGGAUUUUUUUGGGCAUUUUACCACUCAAGCCUAGCCCCUACACCUGAACUAGGUGGAUGCUGACCCCCUACUGGAAUCACAACUUUAGACCCUUUUGAGGUUCCAUUACUUAAUACCGCUGUCCUUCUUGCAUCUGGUGUCACAGUUACUUGAGCUCAUCAUAGUAUUAUAGAGGGGCAACGGAAGCAAGCUAUUCAAUCCCUUACACUUACUAUUCUUUUAGGGUUUUACUUUACAUUCCUUCAAGGAAUAGAAUAUUAUGAAGCCCCUUUUACUAUUGCAGACGGAGUAUAUGGAUCAACCUUCUUUGUAGCCACCGGUUUCCACGGACUCCACGUAAUUAUUGGUUCAUCCUUUUUAGCUGUUUGUCUUCUUCGUCAAGUUCAAUUUCAUUUUACAUCAAAACACCAUUUUGGAUUCGAAGCCGCAGCCUGAUAUUGGCAUUUCGUUGAUGUAGUAUGACUUUUCCUUUAUAUUUCAAUUUACUGAUGAGGAUCUU